AUGAUCCCUGCAGCCAUGGAAGCGCAAAAGAAGUCUGCCGAUCAGCGAUUGACCGAUUUGGCUACCGAGAUGAAGAGUCUAAAGACGCUGAUCAACAACCGUAUGGCGGCUCCAGCACCGAGAAGUCCCAAUCCUUCUGCUCCCACUUUCAAUCCUACCCCGGCAAGCGCAAAUACUACAGCAGCUCCUGAAACCUCUCCUGCUGCAGAUCCCAGCACACCAGCUGCGGAGACCAAGUCUCCAGUCCCUNNGACCGCUCCUCUACAUCUAGCCCCUACGGCCGCUCGAUGA